UCACGAGAAUAUGGCAGGGUUCCAGCCGGUGAAGGCCUGCCGACACAGGGGGCACUGGCGAGGCUGCAUGGUCUGUGCGCAUUGCAGGCAGAUGCAGAAGUGGUUGCACGGCCGCAGCACCACUGACCUCUCCCUCUCCUGGCAGAUUUGGCAGUCGGUACGCUCCUCCAUCUGGCGCUGCAUCUCCUGCUGCAUCUCUUGCCGCAGCUCGGUCUCCCGCCUCUGCUGGGCGGCCUGCUGAGCCCGCCGCUCGAGUGACUGCAGCUGGGGCAGCUCUGAUGUAGUGAGUGCCGUCUGGCGGUCCGCCAGCUGCAUGGCAAAGCCACUGAACUCAUCAGCAGUGGUCAGUUGGCCAAAUCUCUCGGUCAACCUGAAUGACACACAUCACCACAUGAAAGGGCAUACACUGGUGUCGCCCGCCUCUGUCUGAGUGGGUGCUGACCUGUCGAUUUGGCUGCUCCGCAGCUGAUCUAUGUCGGCCUGCAGCCCACGAUUGGCCUCGCCAACACUGACAGACACAAAGAGAGAUGAACAUCAUGGCGUCUUGUCAAAGUGUGCGUCGGCCGCCUGUCGUGUGUGCACCUGGCAUUCUCCUCUCUGAGCGAUGUGACCUCCUGUCUGAGCGACUCCUCCCUCUCGGCAGCAGCCCUGAUAGGUAACGAGUGAGUCCGAUUCAUUGUAUUGUGAUGGGUGAGAGUGCUGUUUGGCUGACUGACCUCUUGUGUCUGUCAAGGUGAUGUUGCAGCUGCCCCAUCUCGGCCGCCUGCUGCUGCCGGAGAGACCUCUCGCGAUCGAUGUCACUGAACACACGGACACACACAGACGGUGAGGCGCUGCGUAGGCCCUGUGUAUGUGGAUACCUGGUGAGCCGCUGGUGCUGUUGACUGAGCUGCUGGCGGUGGGCCUCAUUGGCUUGACGCAUAUCGGCCUGGAGCCGCUCGUUGGCCGCCAGAGUGGCGGCAACGGUCUGCUCGCCCGCCAUCUGAGCCUCACGGAACCUGCACAAACAUAAGAGCACAAGGAUGGACAGCUGCCAACCGUACUCGAUGCGGUGAUAUGGUGAUGCAUGCUGUACCGUUCGAUCUCCUGACGGGCGGCGAGGGUCUCCUGCUGGGCAGCAUGAAGCUGCUGCUGAAACGCCGCCUCCAUCUCCAUCGACUCACGCCUGUAGUCAGGCACCACAACCACGGUGGUGAGUCCCUCCCCCCUUCGCUCUUUUUCUCUCACCUCGUCGCCUCGAUCUGCCAGUCUCUGCGCAUCAACUCAGCCUCGAGCACCGCAACCCUGACAAGACCAGACACACCAUCACUGUGUGACCACACCCCAUCAACCGCCUCACCUGGCCCGCAUCGCCUCGGUCUCCUCUCCACCACUCACACACCCAUCGUCACGGUUCCCCGCCCUUCCAUCGGUCUCUCCAGCACCCUCGCCAGCCAGGCCAUCCCCACCGCCACCAUCCUCACUCACAGCACCAACAGACAGCAGGUCGUCAGAGUCACACCCGAUGUCGGGCAGCGGGGGCAUGCAAGGAGCCACCGACAGAUGCUGCAGUGACUCCUGGGCAGCACUCGUGGCCGCAGCACCACCAGCUGCGACAGCUGGGCCAUAGAGGGGGCUGCUCGACGGCUCACUGUCCAAGUACUCGAGACCACCAUCUACCUCUCCCUCUCCAUCACGCACAGAUGGGCUGCCGUCUGCCGCAAUGGAUGGCACUGCUGCGGCCAAUGGGGGAGGGCCAGACGCUGCAACAGGGGCGGCCGGGGGUCUUUUGGUCUUGGGUCGUUUUUUCUUCUUGGCCUUCUUGCCGCCCUCGCCAUGCUGCUGCUGCCCACCUUCGCCCUGCCGCUGCUGGUCCUCACUCUCGUCGGACACCUGCUCGCCGAUGGACCGCAGAAGGUCCUUCUCGUUCCUGCGCGCCGCCGCCUCCUCAGCGGCCAUCUUAGCACUGACGGCCUCGUCGGGCUCCUUGUCGGCUUGGCGCUUCAUGCGCCGCUCCUUCUUGGCCUUGAGCUUCUUUCUGCUCUCGAGCUUCUCACGCAGCUCCUCGCGCACGACGUCACAGCGGCUCUUGGGCUGGUCCUCGACCGCAGGACGCUCGCCGGUAACCAUCCUCUGAAGUUCGUCUGAUCCAAAGGCGGAGCUGAAUAUAUGGGAGUUUUGUGUGCGUCUGGUGCUGCACUUCGUACCGAUCUCUCUGAGCACUUCUGCCCUUGCCGCGGUGUUCUUGUUGAUUUGCUCGGCGAGGGUGGCGAUCCUGUUGUCAAGGCUGUUCGUGUCGAUGCCCUUCCUGCCGGCCUUGGACAGAGCGGCCUUGUCCGUCUGCACCUGGGCCUCGAGGUCGUCGAGCUUGGUCUGCAGCGUCGCCAGCAGGUUCUCGAUCACCUGGAGCCGCUUCUGCUUCUCAAACAAAGCCUGAAUGAUAAGCGCACAGUAGUCGGCAACAGACGAUCCGCAGCGUAUGAUCUCGUGUACCGCUAGAUGCACAGUCCCCUUCUCCUGGCCCAGCCUGACGGCCUCUAACCACAACACAACGAAGGAGAUGACACAUGUGCGUGAUGGUGCCAUUUCCCCCUUCUCAGCUCACUUACCAGUGAGGGCGGUGCGCGCUGCGUCGACAUCCUCUUGAGUGAUGUUGUUGAUGGCAGGAACGUCCUUGAGAGCCUCGAGCUCCCUCACGCAGUCGCGGUACAUAGCCAGGUCAGCCACCGUCACAGAGAAGGGGUUUCGGAAGCCAAAUGCCGAAUCGGCGCCGCGAUUCUUGUGUGAUAGGCUUUCGAAAUACAGCAGCAGCAAUGAAGGCCCCUUGCUGGCGACUGUCUGCGCCCAUACGAGAGGGCUGAUUGGGUCGUAGGACAGCACAAGGGCACGGCACAGGCUCCGGCGGAUAGGUGUCAGCGGCCAACCGACGGAAUCCAGGGCUGACAGACGCGCCGGAACUGUCGACCGACGGAACGCAGAAAAAGGGGACCACACACACAGAGGUGGUGAGGGGAAAGGUGCUUCGGCUGCUUACAUGUGUCGAUCACCGAACGCCGGAACUUGUAUUGCUUGUUCAUAUCCUCGAUCACCUGAAGAUGCUUGUCAGGAAACGACAUGCGAGAUGUGCUGGCAUCGGCAAGAGGAACGUCUAAACGGGAGUCACAGGCAGAACAACACAACAUAACUGCACGGAUAUCCCCCCUGCCUCUUGCAUAUACUUACCUCUGAGGUCCAGCAGGAAUGGUGGGCUGCUCCUGAGCUCCUUUUCCUCGGCCUGCAGCCCCUCCUCCCUCCUCUCCCGUGCCGCCCUCCGUCGGUCCCCCUCAGCUGCGUCAGCCGCCGGGGGCAGGCGGGCGUCAUCCGCCGCCCACUGACGGUCCUUGACACUACGUGCGGCUCGGAGCUCACUCUCACGCUCAUCGUGGGCCCUGGUGACGGCGCCAUGCACCAAUGACGCAAAGUCGCCACUCGACAGGAACUGCUGGCUGAUGAGCUUGCUCAGCGGCUCAGAUGCUGCCGAAUGAGCACAUGGAGCAGAUUCAUGUACGCGACGCUUGCUUGGUGGCUUCACGUACAUGAGAGACAGAGGCGCUCGAGUGUGAGGUCCUUCAAUGCGAAUCGGAGGAAGGGCUCAAUGGCGUUUGCGGUGGCAAGCAGAUAGAGUUGCCUGAAGGGAUGCAGUCAGCGACAUACACACUCGCAGACACACGGGGGUAUGUAGCCUACUUGAGAGUGCGUCGAUUGGGGUUGGUCUUCAGGCCAGCCGUCGCGGCGGACAUGACUGUAUCCUUAACGACGGGCAGUGACAGCCCGGCAACCGAGCAGAAAGACAGAGAGAGCCACUUGCACGCGAUGGUGCCGAAGAGUCGCUCCAUCGAACCCUGCGGACAAGUGAGAUGCCAACAGGGGAGGGUAUCAGCAAGGCUGUCUAAGUGUGGUUAGUGCUUUCCAGACCUGCAGUUCGUCGUAUCAAUCAGUUUCGCCCUCAGACUUGGUCAAGACCAUAUUGGACAGAUUCAGAGACUCGAGAGACCUACCAUAGAGGCCCUGCAGGCGAUACGACACACACAGGCCCUAAUCAAUAAGAUGGAAUCUGUUUUUUUUUUUUUCCUCGACGCACCUCGAGCAAGUUCAGAGAAGAAGUGAACGACAUACGACAUAGAGAGAUUGUCAUCCUUCUGCACACACCCAACGGCCUCAGUAAAUGCUUUGUUGUCUCAUUCCCUGUCCUGCGCCCAUACCUGAGUGUCGUGAAGGGCCUUUCUUUCUUGUCGUCCCCCGUGUCGGCCGUCUGCCCCGCCUCGGUCGUCGCGUGUCUCUCCUCCUUUGAGCCAGCCGGCACGGCAGCGGAUGAUGUGCUGUGGGUGCGGGUGACGUCACGCGAUGAUGGCGGCGGCGAAGAGGCACUCUCGCUGCUGCUGUCGCCCUUGCCGUCUUCUUCUGGCUGGGCCUUGAGCAGAGCACUCAACCGGUCGAUGAAGGCACGGCUCAGGUCUUCGUCUUCCAGGUGGAGAGUGGCAAGUGAGGGCACGCGGCCGAUGGCGUCGGCAAGUUGGGCGCACUCGUCAUCAGGCAACUGAGUCAAAUCCAAACCUGCGGCACACACACCUUGACAGUCAGCGGCAAGUCCGCGUUCUCUUUCGACCACCUUACACAUCAGUUGGAGCGUCAUGAGUCUGUCGGCCCUCUGAAGGAAGUCGAUGAGGUCGCUGAUGUCAUCGGCGGUCGGUGAGCACUCGCAGCGGAUCGACAGCUCCAACAUCGUGUCGGGUGAAUACCUGACAGCAAGAGUGAAGCCGUGAACAUGAGUGAAUUGCUGCCCGUCAUCUCUUUACAUCAACCUACCUGGCCAAUGCCGCCACCAGCCGAUUCUGCUUGCUCACUGAGAUCGAUGCAAAUGGCGCCAGCAGCUCGCGAUUGGCAUACGAUGAGAUGCGGUCAGUCGAACAGACGGGACACAGCCUAAACCCAGGCAGCACGAAGUGGCCAUGGAGUGCAGAUGGGUCUGUCUGUGUGUGAAUGACUGUUUACGCGUCUAGCAGACUUCGACAUGAGAGCGCCAGCAUAGCGAUGUGUGCGGCAGUGAAAUGCAACGGCCCAACAAGCUGGUAGAUGGUGUGGAGGACUCUCUUGUCCGACAAACACCGCACCAGCCGAUUCUGAUGGACACACAGCACAGACGUAAGGGGUCGGUCACACGUGGUCGCUCUCUCUACCCACCUGCUUGUUCUCCUGUCGUGCAGCCUCUCUGUGGGGGUCGUGCUGCGAUGAGACCCACCGAUCGAUCGCCUCCUACAUAGAUCACACACACACACACACACACAGUGGCAAGCGGUGAUCGAUCGGUCCACAUGGGAGUACAGUAUAGCAGACCUUGCGGCGGCGGUACUUGGCGAAGAAAUCAAAAACCUGCAGCCGUGAGUGCAGGUGCACAGACCUGUGGGCUGCGUGUUGUUGGUACUUCAUUUACCAUCUGUAUGAGGCUGUUUUGUGAGGCCGCCGUGGGGGGCCCGGAAAGGGCAGAGAUGUCCACCUGCACACGAAGGGCGUCACACACAAGCAGACGAACACAGGUGACCGCGGAUUUGGUGAUCGUUUGACCUUACGGACCUGCAGAAUCCGUUCGACGAUCGGAUUGUCUUUGCUCUUGCCGCUCGUCACCUGCCGAUCCCAAUAACUGCACAAAUGAAGACAAUUCGCUCGAGGCGCUCAAGACAAGACGGACAGACGCACCUGGCGAGGCUGUCCAGAACGCCCAUCACGAUGCUGACGGUGCUGCCAUCGGGGGCGGCGGAUGCGAGACGUGCGGUGUCUCGUGCCACGAACUCCGACAGCUGGGACCACAUGAGCUCAGCCAGGCCCUCACACGAAGCAUACUGAAGACAAAUGUAGACAGGAGUACUGAGUUUCCAGACAAACAUGUCGCACACAUUGAUGUGUUGGCUGACUGACCGUCUCUCUAUCGAUACACAGAUUAAUCAGAUAGAUGAAUUUCGAUACGACAGACAGGUAGAGAGAUCGUUCAUGGCCUGCAUCCUUGAUCAGUCUGUCGCUCUGCAGGAUGCUCAUAGCCGCCGAAAGGAAGCCCGCCUGCGCAACACGCUCGCAGUAGCCACAUUCUGAGGGAACACAGACGCACACAAGACAUCAAUAAGCGGCGUGGACCAUGCACCAUUACUCACCAGCCAUUGGUAUUGGCACACUCAGAUAGAGAUUCAGUUUGGCCAUCUUGCCCAUGGCAGCGGGGCUCGCUGACACACUACGGCAUAUGGGCACCAGCACACCUGGAUCCACACACACCCACACACGCUCAUACAGCGGCGUGACGAAUCGACGAGCCCUCUUAGCAUCCACGUGUCCCCCCACCUAGCUCAGAGGGGAAGCGGCGGGCGUCUCUGAAGAUGAUGCCUAUCAGCUUGUAUGUCCUCCACACAAUCACCUGAUCACUGCUGGUGACCAGUGUCUCGACGAGCGCAUCGACGUGGCAGAAGAUGUGCUGCUGAAACGCGCUCAGAACCUCAGCCGUCUCUGAGCGAUGCACCAAAGGCACACAGAUACGUGGAAAGAUGACAGCCACAUUUGCCGGUUCACCACAUGAUCACCUGGAAUGCUCUUGCUGAGCAACACAGCGGCCACCCAGACAUGGUCUGGUAGUGUCCGCCUCCCCAACACUGCGUCCACCAAGACACCAAACAGCGGCAGCCACUCCACACCAAAGGGAUACCCAGCCUUACAAAGCCGUUUGAGGAAAGAGGCUGCCGCAGACUGAUGUGAUUGGUUGCUGCCGUCAUUGAAAAUGGCAACAAUACAGCCGGCGAGGCCUCCCUGACCCUGCUGUCGAUGCGCCUCGUCCGUCUUGGCCAGCAAGCCCACCAGUCGCUUGACUGAUGGAUCGUCGUCGGGCAGGCGGGGCAUUGAUGCGAGUUUCUCCACAUGGCUUACGAAGAGUCCGAUGUCACCAGCCAGCAGAGCAUCAGCAGCGAGGGAUAUAACCGCAGCAGCAUCAGAGGCCGACUUCUGGCCCUGCCGCACGUUGGCCGUGUCUUGUUGGUCGGGUGUGAUCGGGGAGGGGGUGGAGAAAGGGGAUGGGCGAGAGGGACUCGCUGGCUGCCGAUCUGCUGAUGCCGCUGCUGCGGCCACUAGCGAUGGGUCGAUCAUGGAGCUGGUGGGGUGGACGACGGCCUGCUGCUGCUGGGCGCAUACGGACAUGUCGAAAGCAGUGGAGGGCUGACGGCUGCCGUCCUGACAAUCACAGCCACACAUCACACACAUAUGCACACAUGUGGGCAUGCACCUCCCUCGUGUCUGCCUGUCUGUCUGUCUGUCUGUGCAUGUGUGUGUGUGUCCGUACCGAUGUGGCGUCCACAGUGAUGUCACCCUCUCCGGACCCACCGCCGUGCCCCGCCCCUCCCACCAGCGUCGAGCCCCCUUCCAUCUGCUGUACGGGGACGCCGCCCACAACUGAUGUGUCGGCUGCUGGUGAGGGGAUGGGAAUGAGCAUGGACUGAUCUCGCUGGACGGAUGGCUGCGGUUGCUGCUGAUUCUGCUGUGUGUCGAUGGCCUCACUAGGGAUCGGCGGACGCUGGAUGCCGACGGGGGGUGGGGAGCCCGAGGGCAGUUUCUCCAGCAGUUGUUGAGAGUCAGCUUUGUUGCUGUCAGUCGCAGGUUUGCGCUCUCUGUGGGGAGAUGCUGGUAGCGGGGCAGACGACGCAAUCUCUGUGCGGUCACCAGGGCCGCUCCCAUACGACUCAUCGCCAGGCCUCACACUCCCACCAGAUCCCUCCUCUGCCGGGUUGCCACUCAUAUACACGUGCUGCUGCUGUGGUUGCUCCUGCUGGCUGGGAUCUCCUCUGUUGUCGGGGCUGUUGCUGUCUGCCGUCGGGCUGUCGGCGAAGAGCUCCUCGGAGUUGGUUUCCGUGGACAU